ACAUCGUCGCCACUGUCGGUUCCGAGCAUACUCUUUGUCCGCCAUCGUUGAAUUUACAGUCUACACCGUGUUUAUCCCUCACGUAUACCCUAACUCUUUGUCUCGAGACAAUUAUUUUGUCGUCUAUAUUUUCACAAGCGUUGUUUUAUGUUGUGUAAUAUUUCGUUUUCCGAGCGCGAUUCUUGUCUGUUCCGCUAGAAAGACUUAUAGAGCACACGUCUAACCUAUCCACCACCUCAUCCCCACCGAGUACGUGCACACAGCGUGGUGUCACGCCGGUACCUUUUAAAAGUUCGUACGGUGUCGAAAAAAACCGAACCGCCGACGCCAUGGCCGAAGUCGACGACGCUGUCAUCGACGUGGUAGCAUCCGAGGUGAUCAAUGGUUGUACCAUUACCGGCGACAGCGACUAUUCGGACAAGGCUGUGGACCCGACCUCCGUGGAGAUGCGCGUUAAACGCAAGGCCAAACGGCUGGCCAAGUCCUUGUCUCGGGAUAGCGGCAUCGUCAACGGGCACGGCGGCACCGCCACCGUGGUGCAGCUCAAGAGACGCUGGAAGAACAACAGGAAAUCCAGGAACGGUUUCACCAAGAGAGGAGAAAUCAAAAAGGGUGGUGCUGGUGGUAAAGGCGUUUGGGGAAAAUUAGGCGAAGAGAGUGAUUUAGAUGCCGCUAUUGAUAUGAAGGACCCUAAUUAUGACAGUGAUUUAUUGGAUGAUGAUAAUAUUGUGUUGCGAGAGAUCACUCCUGAAUCUUCUGAUGAAGAACUCAAAAAUUCCAUUACAUUUAAUAUCCUUGAGUAUUAUGAACAUGGUGAUACUGAUGAAGCAGCAAUGACAUUAAGUGAACUGAACAUAGUUAGCAAAUGGCACUUGAUAACUCAAGUUUCUGUUGAAGUAGCUCUCGAGCACAAACCAUCACAGAGAGAGAUGACAUCUAUAUUGUUAUCUGAUUUAUAUGGGCGUUUAAUCAAGCAAAAAGAAAUAGCCCAGGGCUUUGAUGUAAUAUUGGCUAAUCUUCCUGAUCUCAUUCUUGACACUCCCGAUGCUCCUAUAGUUGUUGGCUGUUUCUUAGCCAGAACCAUUGCGGAUGACUGUCUCCCACCAAAGAUUAUAGACUUCUUCAAAGAAAAAAACUAUAGUGAUUUAGCUAAUCAAGCUUUGAUCAAGGCCCACAACUUGUUGAAUAUAAAACAUGGACUGACUAGACUUGAUAAUGUUUGGGGCGUUGGUGGUAGUUUGAGGCCAGUGCAGUAUCUUGUGAGACAAAUGAACAUGCUUUUGGAUGAAUAUUUAUGUUCAGGUGAUUUACAAGAGGCCAUCAGAUGUAUUUUGGAAUUGGAAGUACCACAUUUCCAUCAUGAACUUGUGUAUGAGGCUGUAGUUGAUGUUAUUGAAGCUAUGAAUACUCAUACUGAAAUCUCUAUGUGCAAAUUACUUAAAGCUUUAUAUGAUGCUAUUAUUAUAACCCCGGAAAUGAUGAAUAAAGGUUUUGAUAGAGUAUUUGAUGUUCUGGAUGAUAUAUCUAUUGAUGUUCCAUUAGCAUCUGCUGUCCUUGAACGUUUUUUGGACAUGUGCAUCAAUGCUGGAUUUUUAGGAAGAGAAGUGUUGCUUAAAAUACCAACAAGAGCAUCAUCUCGUAAGCGAUAUGUAUCUGAAGGUGAUGGCGGUCGCCUCAAAGAAGCAUAAAAACUAAGAAAAGAACCAUUAACAAACCUAUACUCCUCUUCUCCUCUACCUCUAGAGUACAGUAUUUUUUUUUCUCAAUGUUUGAUUUGAUUUAAUUUUUUUUUUUUUUUGUCAUUGUCAUUAUUUAAUAAGAUGUUAAUUAUAAAAUAUAUAACUAUUUCAUUACAAUUACAAUUGUCCUUAGAAUUACAGACUAAUUUACUUAUUCCACUAUAUUUUUAGUAAUGUAAGUACAGAUAUGUUGACAAAUUUAUCACUUAGCUGUAUUAUUAUUAUUAUUAUGCCAGCUAAGUUGUUGCUUUAUCAAUAAUAUUAAUUUAAAUUAAUAUAUUGUGCGUUUAGAAUUAAAUAUCAGCAAUGUCUGUUUCAUAACAAUGAGAAUAAUAAGAAUUAAUCAUUAAAUGUAAUAUUUUAUUAUAUUCAUGUUUGACAUAUUAGUAAAUACUGUACUCGUUAGCAUCAUAUGGUCGAACGAAUUAGAGAGUUCUUUUAUAAAUUUAGGUGAAAGUUUUAAGAAAAACUUGCUUAUAACAUUUUUUAUUUUUUUUUUUUGUAUAAUUUUUUGGCUUAUGAGAGUUUAUACGGAUAAAUCAUUUCACUACUUUUUCAUGUAAAUUUUUUUGACAUUCUAAAUUUACUAUUUAUGUUACAAUGAGUGUAUUUCCAAAUUAAUAGAAUCAUUUUCCAAAACAUUUAUAUGAAAUAUUGUGUAUUCUGUUCAGUACAAAAUUAUAUAAUUUAGAUAUUAUGUAUCAUUCUUAAGCAAUAUAUUUUAGUAUUAUACAAAUAAUACAUUAUUCCUAGUAACCAUUAUGUGUAUCAAUCAAAUAACUGUAAUUAGUACCAGAAUAAUAUUGACUGUAUUCUAUUCAAGUUAAAAAUCAUACUUGACAGACACCAGUGUUUGUCACCUCUACUGAAUUAAUUGCUCAUGUGUCUAUCAUGUAAGAAUACCAUUCCUCUGAACACAAAUCAUUGUCUAAGUACAAUUCUUAACUUGAAUAGAGUUAACAUGUAAACAUUAUUAAUGCUCCCUAAAAGCUAAAUUGUCUGUUAAAAUUUUCAAAAUUAGGUGCAUUUUAUAUAUUUGAUAUUUAUGUUAUAUUGAUAAUAUGAUUUACAUUUUAUAUUUUACUAUUCAAAAAACAAAAAAAAAAUGUUAUUUAAUUAUCA